GGCUGAAAUAGCCAAAUCCACUAAUUUGAAGUGGUGUCCACAUACACUAUAUAUACAUGAGUAUCUAAGAUGUCAUCAGCGUGUUCACAUGGGAGAUCUCCUACCAGUGCAAAUAAUGUGGCAAAUACUUUAGUUUGAAAGGAAACUUGAAGUCURAUAUGAUCACUCACAAAAGGGGUUACKUAAAAGCUUCAACCUGAAGUGAAUCUGAAGUUAAAACAAUAKAUGUAUACUUUGUCAUUGUGAAMUUCUUGYCACAUCCAACUUGUGAAUACGUUUUAUAUUAUGUUUUCUGGCAAUUGAUAACAGAACUAAUUGUGUAAUUUGUGGAGAGGGAAAAGCAUUAGUCUAUCAGAUCUGUAAACUGAAUCUAGCUAUGACUCAGGGACCUACCCUCCAGGACACUGCUGGCUUCAGGAAGUCCUCACAGCUUUCUACAACAGAGCACACACGCCUGUUCUCCGUAUAGACGACAUGCUCUAGUUGCUUGCCUGGAGGGCAUAUCCAGCUCAAACGUCUCCCAGUUCAUUGACGGCCUCCGGACGUGGUUUGACGUGCUCCAAGACAUCAGGUGGCGCUAAUGUAAUGCAGUCUUACACCGUCCGCGGUUGAUGAAUAGAAAACACAGCACGUGACAUUGUUGUUUYCAAAGGUAUCUACUAGGUAGCGUAAACCCGCUAGGCUGAAGCAGACAGACGUUUCAACAUUUCUUUGAUAAAACAAACAGCUAGACUUGUAUUGCCCUCGCCAAUAUGUCCAAACUUCAGUUGCUGAAUGUGUUCGURACCGAGCGUUUGUCGGCGGCUGCUGUGGAGAUAUUCGGGGCCGUAGAGAAGACUAUAGCAGAGUAUCGGGAAGAAAUCUUCCGUUCAGCAGAGGAGAACGAGCGUCUACGGAGGGAGAUGGACAUGAUUAUCAAAUCAGAGAUACAGUUAUACAGAACAGACUUCCAGCUACUCACUCCAGUUGUUCCCCCUGAAAAUCAGAACUGUGAGCAGGAGUGGAGCCCCAAUCUGGGGCAGGAGGACCCAGAGCCCACACAGAUUAAAGAGGAACAACAGGAGCUCAGACUCAGUCAGGAGGACCCACCUCAGCCCUCACAUCUUUACCAAAACCAAACUGUGGAUGAUGGAGAGAGGAGCUCUCUACCUAUCAUCAGAACUGAAGAGAUCAAAACAGAACCUGAUGGAGAGGGCUACAGAGUACCAGAACUAACCAGUGAUCAGCCCCUCUCAGUUCAUCCAGACUGCUCUGCUGCAGUGGAGAAAACAUAUCAGUGUAAACAACGUGGCAACAGCUUCACACGUAAGGGACACUUGACCAUCCAUUCAAGGAUACACAUAGGAGAGAAAUCUUAUCAGUGCAAACAAUGUGGUAGAUGUUUCAUUCGGAAGUGUGACUUGGACAGACAUACAAGGAUACACACAGGGGAGAGAUCUUUUCAGUGUGAAGACUGUGGCAAAGCUUUCAACCAGAAGAUAMAAUUGACAUUGCAUAUGAGAGUUCAUACUGGACAGAGACCAUACAGCUGUCCUCUAUGCAGGAAAAGUUACAUGGCAUUAAGCCAUUUAGGACGUSAUCAGAGCGUUCACACAGGGGAGAAACUUCACCAGUGCAAAGAAUGUGACAAAUGCUUUAGUUAUAAAGGAAGCUUGAAGUUGCAUAUGAGCACUCACACAAAAGGGAUACAUAAUAUCACUGCAAUGYGUGCAGCAAAAGCUUCAGCCUGAAGUGAAAACAACAAAUUAUACUUCAUCAUUSUGGAUUUCUUGUUACAUCCAACUUUUAAAUUAAUGUUCUAUUUUCUGGCACUAGACAAAAAACGAAUUGAGUUGUGUGUGUGGAGGGGGAAGCAUCACUCAAUGUCAGCUUUUUAAGAUGAAGGACACUGCUGGCUUCAGGAAGUCCUCACCGCUGUAUUUAGCACAGAGCACACACUUGGAUUUCUAAACAAUAGGAGUUCUUAUUCAAUUGUUUAACAAUGACUUACAGGAUAUUUGGGCCACUAUCUUCUAUCUGUACUUCUGUCUGCAUGUUAGAAUAUUGAAGUAGCCCAUUACAUCUGUAUUGACUCAAUACAGCAAAUCAACUUUGUUUUAAUAAAGUUGUUUUUUCAAUGGA